GGUAUCCCUCAAGUGCAUUACUUUGGUCCAUGUGGUAAAUACAAUGCCAUGGUAAUGGAGCUCCUAGGUCCAAGCCUUGAAGACCUCUUUGAUCUAUGUAACAGGCAGUUCUCUCUAAAAACAGUCCUACUCUUGUCUAUACAAUUGUUACACAGAAUAGAAUAUGUACAUAGUAAGCACCUAAUCUAUCGUGAUGUGAAACCUGAAAACUUCCUGAUCGGCAGGAGUUCGAGUAAGACACAGAAUACCAUCCACAUCAUCGAUUUUGGGUUGGCCAAAGAGUAUAUAGACCCCGAGACCAACAAACAUAUACCUUACAGAGAACACAAGAGUUUAACGGGCACGGCGAGGUAUAUGAGUAUCAACACACAUUUAGGGAAAGAACAAAGUCGGCGAGACGACUUAGAAGCCUUAGGUCACAUGUUCAUGUAUUUUCUACGAGGUAGCUUACCAUGGCAGGGAUUAAAGGCCGAUACGCUAAAGGAAAGAUAUCAGAAGAUUGGAGACACAAAACGGGCCACGCCUAUUGAAGUUCUAUGUGAAAACUACCCAGAGGAGAUGGCAACAUAUCUAAGGUAUGUUAGAAGACUAGAUUUCUUUGAGACACCUGACUACAACUACUUAAGAAAGCUGUUUAUGGAUCUCUAUGAGAAGAAGGGCUAUACGAAUCAACACGAGUUUGAUUGGACGGGCAAAGAAACGAUAUCACAUGUACCUAGCUCAUCGAAUGAUGGCGGUCAAGCCACACAAGCCAAAGAUGGCCGUAAAGAUGAUCAUCAAAGGACAAACCAAAGGUGGGACGUACCACAGCAGGGUCGGUUAGAAGCCCCAGGGGUAGGUAACCAACCAGGGUCAAUCCAAGUCAUCAGUUCAACCAAUGGUGAGGUAGCGCCAGACGAUUUCAACAAAGGCUCACAAGCACCCAUCACCACACCUACAGGGGAAGUGGAAGUUGUAGAAGACACAAAGUGCUGUUGUUUUUUCAAGCGGAAAAAGAAGAAGGGUCUUGGAAGGCGGAAGUAGCCUUCCAUGUUUUAUCCCUCGCUCUCCAAUUGAAUGACCCUCUCGACCAUAUGCUCUCUCAUCAAUUCUAAGUGGUUAUUCUCUUCAGAGUUUGCCUUGGGAUUGCAACAAGGCAUUUCCUCAGACUGGACAUUCUGUCAUCAGCCUUCCGUGAUAAGCGUAUGUAGGCAUCUACCAGGGGUUCACCGACCCAUUUCCCUAAGAAUGGAUAUCAAAUCAUCAACCUACCUUGGCAAAUGGCUGUUGGUUUGUAACAGGGUUGCACCCACGUUGGCUGGAGGAAACACCCAAGACUGUACAUUCUUUCAUCAGAAAUCUGCAGCUAGCCUCGGUAGAGUUGUCUCCUUCUAUCGGACCAUUUGGGCUAGUUUCUGGAGAGAUACGUCUGGAUUGUUCGACGGCUUUGCUGAGGAGAUUUUGCAAGACUGUAAGCUCUCUCUCAUGAGUCCAUAGUGGCUAGUGUCUGAAGGGUUGUUUUAAAGCAUCCUUGAUGAUGAGUCUCUGAGAGCAAUAUCUGUACAAAAAAAAUGUCUCCAUGGGAUCCAUUAAAUUCAACAUCAAGAACAUCAUUGACUGGCCUCUUGACUGUUUAAGGAUCACCAGUGAAACCGUGAAGCUUAGUCGCCUAUCCUCUGUGGCUAAGUUCUAAAGGGUUGUUCAAAGACCAUUAUCGCAAUGUAUGCUCUUCAAGUUUUAAGAUGCAAGAUGCAAUUGUCUUUGGAUGUAUUUCUGAUGUGAACUUACAAUCAUCCCGUCAGUCAAAAUCUCCUGAAGAAAUGGCUUUGACUUGUAUUGAUUACAAUGUAGAAUAUAUACUUUUUUAUUUACUUCAAAGAUUGUUGUACUUCUUGUUGCAUUGUCACUUUCCAUGAGAAAUCUAUCUCCAGAAAUGCCAGUACAAGCUCAUUUUCAUGGAAAAGUCUGUGUCAUAUAUGGAUGUAAAUUUCAGGUUUUAAAGUCGCCCAGAUAUUUAGAAGCCUUAAAUCACCAACGACCCACCAUCGUUCGGUCAAAUUGUAUUUUUGGUUUAUGCUCAUUAUUUGCAAAUUAUCAGGAAAAAGAUCACAUGCAUUCAUGUCAUUUGCCAUCUUAGUCCACAAAUUUUCCAUUGCAAAUAACAAUACAUUUAUGCAGUCCAUGAAUAUUGAUAUUGAUGAAUAUUACCAUUUUUAAAUCAAAUUUAUCCUGAUAUUCAGCAGUGUUUUAUGCCAUGAUCAAUACAUCCAAGAAUAUUACAUUAGUAUUGUUUCAAUUGAUAAUUUUCCAUGUCAAAUAUUUGUAUGGCUUGUCUAAUCGAAGCUGUUCACACAUGGUAAUGUUCCAUAAAUUAUAACUUUGAGGGUUUUUAAACAUUCAUAGUAUGUGUUGUAUAGAAAACAUGAAGUUUAUGUGCAAUUUGCGUAGAAUUUUUUUUUGCACUCUUAGUUUCAUUUAUAAGCAUACAUGUUUCUUCUUUCUUUCCUUUUUUUUGUUGAAAUAUUAAUUUUCUCACCUGCUGUGAACAGGAGGAUGCUAUUUCUCUUAUUGAAAGAAGGUACUUAAAAACACCAUAGAUGUGUGGAACCAUUUUACAUAAAACAUUCAAUUGAUUCAUAUCAUUCUAAAUUAUGAAAAGCCAGCACCAAAAUGAUUAUCAACAAGUAGGCUUAUAUCCAGGCAUACAUUUACAUAUGUGUUAUUGAUCGGACAAAUCAGUGUGAUUCUUUUGUACAAAAUGUGACGUGUAUAUUUCUUGAUGAUGAAAAAUGGUGUAGUUGGCUUGUCAUAGUUUAAAGUGAUUUAAAUCAAUAUCUCUUUAUUUGACAAGGCCCUAGUUUGAUGGAACAUAUUUUGAAUUAAUACUUUACAAAGGUUUUAAACUCUUGCUGUAUAUUAAAAGUGGAUUGAAAUACUGAUCACAUCUUUUACUCUCUGGGCAAAAAUGUAGUCUCUUUAGGCAUAUGUUAUAAGAGGAGAAUGAAGUUAAAUAUUGCAUAAUAUCAUAUUUCAAACUAUUACAGUAUUUCAUAAGGACUUCAACAAAUGCCGCCCAGAGUGAAUAUACAGAUGUAGUCAUGUUUUUUA